AUGUCAGCAGCACGAAAAUCAUCAGCCAGUAAGGGAGGACGCAAUUCAAAACAAUUCCAUAGACCCGAGCAUUGUCUGAGUUUUAGUCCAUCGGAAGUGUUUAAAGUUAUUUCAAAUGAUGAUUUUGAUUUUUAUAUUGACAAGAGAUGUGCAUUGUAUUGCAAGAAAUUUAAAGAAGCAAUCGCAGAAGGACAAUCAGAAAUUCAGGUUGAGUUUGAGUCUAACGUGGUAGAACAAGUUAUUCAAUAUUUGUAUUAUAAACAACGAUACGAUCCCGAAUCGGAAAACAGACCAGAAUUUCAAGUGGACCUAUAUUCUGCUUUAGAUGUGAUGACAGCUAGUUAUCAAUUAGGUUGUUGA